AUGGGUAGAAGUCAAGGAGGCCGAGGAGAGGAAAAUCUCCUCACAAAGGAAAUGAUAGCUGAGCAAAUGGCACAAGUCCUCCGGGAUACAUUGCAAAAUAUGCUUAAAGCAAUGUUGGGUGACAUAUUUAAAGACAAUGAAGAUGGAGAGGAGGAAAGUGUUCGACACGAGAACACUCAAGCCACUGAAAAGGUGAAAGUAUAUAUUAAAGAGAAGGUGGAGUCGCCCACCAACGAGAGAACUGAAUUGACAAUAAAGGAGAAAGGAUGUAGUAUUAAAACAUUCAAAGGCACCAAGCUGAAGGAAUUUAAGGGAAUAGAAGGCCCAGUUGGCCUGAUGAACUGGGUAACCAAGAUGCAGAGUAGCUUAAAAAUUUGUAGAUGCGUAGAAGAUCAAAAAGUGACCUAUGCUGCUACAACCUUUGUUGACUAUGCAUUGCAUUGGUGGGAGUCUGAGUGUGCAAUCAGAGGUGAUGAGGAUAUUGCUGCCAUGACUUGGGAGCAAAUGAAAAAGAUGAUGAUGGAUAAGUACUGCACACAAUCGGAGGUGAACAAGCUAGAAUCAGAAUUUCUGAGAUUAAAGCAAGGUUCGUUGUCGGUUCAAGAAUAUGAUAACGAUUUUCUUGAGAAAGCGAGGUUCGCCAGUUACCAGGUGGCUACCGAGGAGAGAAAGAUAGGUCACUUCAAAGACGACUUAAGAAUCAAAAUCAAACGGUACGUGGACAUGACAAAACCGACCACAUUUGUCCAAGCAGUGGAGAUGGUGAAGAUGGCAAAGGAGAACAACGCUAGGGAGAAUUGUGAUAGAAGAGAUGCAAAGAGGAGAUGGGAAGGAUCGAACAAGUUCAACAAGAAACCAAAAUGGACUCCGACUCUGGCAAAAACACGAAGUGAUGGAUUCACUAUUCCUCCAUGUAACAAAUGCAAUAAGAGACAUAGGGGAGAGUGUAGAGCGGGGAGCCUGACAUGCUACAAAUGUGAUAAACCUGGACAUACCGCACGGGAGUGCCCAGAAGGAAAAACUUGUUAUGAAUGUGGGGCUAUGGGACAUUUACGACCUGACUGUCCAAAACAUCGAAAUGGUGCGACACCCCACGUAAAGACGGUGAAUAAUGGAUUUGGGAAGAGAUCAGAAAAUAGGAAGGAGCUACCUAUGGGACACGACCGAGGUUCCAACAUGACUUUGAAGGAGGCCAAGGAAACACCCGACGUCGUAUCUAGUAUGUUCCCUAUCAACAAUGUGUAUGCACAUGUAUUAUUUGAUUUGGGUCCAAAUGGUAGUUUUGUGUCUACUACCUUCUGCCACUAUCUGAAUAGGAGUGCCUGUAGACUAGACAAAACUUACACUAUAGAAACAGUCGACGGUAGUCAGUGUAAGGUAGACGAAGUAUUUGAUGAAUGCACAAUUGUUAUAGAUGGUAAGGAUUUCCGUGUUAGGCUUAUGCCAAUGUGUUUAGGGGGUUUUGACAUGGUCUUGGGGAUGGAUUGGUUGUCCAACAAUCAUGCGUAA